UUUGUAGAUGAACGAAGUAUUGGAAACAAUACAAGUUUCAGUAGUUUAUAUGAGAUUUACAUCCAUGAAGCGCCACGUUUCAUUGUUGACGUGCAAGCUUCAAACAAAGUAAGAGUUUAUUUAAGCAUCUUCAUCAUUAAGGAAGGCUACAAUAAACUUUAUUUGUGCAGCUGCAUCAUAAUGUCUAGCUUAAUUUGAGUAAGACGAGUUGUUGGAUCACUAUCAUUCAGAAGGUUUGUGUGAAGUGUACCUAUAUUUUUGUUGGCCAUCACUCAAUAAUAGUUGCACGAUACUUUUAAACUCUUCACAAGAUGGCAAGUGCGACGAUAGAAUGCGACGUUUGUAACGAGAAAUUCGACUCAGGCAACCACAAGCCGCUUGGCCUGACCUGCGGCCACACGUUUUGCUUCUCUUGCAUUAAACGUUUAUGCAAUGUUCCCGAGACCAAAAACUGUCCGAAAUGCAGGAAACCAAUUUCCCAAGAUGCUGAUCAAUUGCCAGUUAUCUUCGCAUUGAUUCCAACCAAUGAAAAAUCACGUCCAAGUGCGGUGGGUUCACCGACUGAAGCGCUGUGUCCUCAGCACCAGAAGGCGCUGGAUUACCUCUGCGUGGACUGCAUGGAAUCCGUGUGCUUCACCUGCAGCAGGGGCACACAUGCCAUGCACAAAAUUGAGAUGAUAGACGACCUGCUUCAGGAUAACGAGAACGUUAAUGACGUCUGGGCAAAAAUACGGCCGACGUUGCAGAAAAAACUCGAUAGCGUUAGUUCGGUCGUCACGUUGUCCGAUGAAUUAUCGGACGUUAUUGAAGACAUCAUCAAAAUGAAGCCUUAUUUUGAUGGUUGGAAGGAUUUGCUGUUGGUUCAGAAAGUGUCCACCGAGCAGGACCUCCAGGCCUGGGAUGCCUCGGUCACCAGUCAUGAUGGAAACAAGAGACUCGAUUGCAAGGAAAUUCUCUGCCGUCUGAAAUUGAACUUUAGUGAUAAUGGAAAGCUACCUGAGAUUAAGGCAUUACUGGAUGCUGCCGCUAAAACAAGUGCUUCUUUAGAGUUACAGACCUGUGAGGUCAUGCCGACUGGCAAACCUUGGAUCAUCACCAGCAGCGAAGAAGGAGAGCGAGCUGUCGCCAGCCUGUCCAACAACAUCAAGCCCAGUCGCCUCGUGGUGCUGUCCACCCACACCCGCCCCAUCCCGGGGCUGGGGGAGCUGCUGUCCCGCCUCGCCGCCCACCACACCGGCAAAAUCAGCCUGCUGCCCCUGGACUACUUCUGGAGGCCGACAGGACAGUCGGAUGGAGGCUUGGAAACUAUCGUCCACAAAUUACGUGGAGGGCUGCAGGGUGCCUUGUACUGCUCCCCCUACAUGGCCGCCCGAACGGGCAUCGCCAGAGACUACAACAUUCGUCUCGGCCGCCCAGCCGAUGUAACGUGGAUGGCUAAAUUGGGUGGAUGUGCUAUCACAAAUGUAUGCUGCGCCAAGGGCGUCCCAAACAACGUUGGCACUACCUUAAAGGAUGGCGGUGUUGAGGUCACCCGCUGGCACUUUCCCGACCUCAAAGAUCAUGACGUGGACUGGUUGUCACACAUCCUGUCAUCAUAUUCCGACAACCGCCAUCAAAGUGUGGAGCUGGUCCUCCCAAGGGCUCGUCUCACCUGCGAAGGCAUUCGACAGAUGUUUCAGAAGAUACCAAAUAUUCGUGUGUUGUACCACGAGCCUGACGCCGCGCACCUCCUGACGGCAGCUCGUAGGUCUUUUAAUCCUGCUGCGGAUUGCAUCGAGUUGUCAACUACUAACAUUCUUCAAUGGAUAUAAAACCUUCAUCAAAAGUUUGGGUCAGAAUAGAAGACAUAAUCAACCGCAAGUGGAAAUUUUGAUUUUAUAUUUUAAUAAACAUGAGGUUCCUAAGAUAAUAAAUAUCCUUUCAGGGCGAACAGUUUUAACGGCGUAGAGACCUUCAUUAGUAAGCAUUUGUACUUUCAUAACAUUACUCUCGGCAGUGGAUUAUUUAACUUGUUAUCAAGUCGUAAAAUUUGCAGGUUAGCUCAUGCGAGAACUUUUUAUCUUUUUCGAAGCUUUCAAUAUAAAUAUUGAG